AAAUAAUUCUAUCAAAUCUAUAUUCCUCCAAAACCAAGCCCCACUAACGAACUGUAUUCAUGCCCUCCCCAGCGGAACAGUUUAUCGCCUUAACCCAGACCCAGGGCCGGGUUGAUCCCACAUUGAUCGACGCGGUGUACAACAAGCUUGGCCCAGUCAAGCCAGGGCUGAUGCUGGGCGAGUGGGGUGGUGGAAUAUUAGACACCGGCCACCCCAUUGGAGAUACACUAAAGGAGAUACGAUGGUUGGGAAAGAAUUUCACCUCCGUCGAACAAGUUGAUCCGGUCAUUAUCGAUAAGAAUGGCCAGAGAGUUAGCUGGGGGAAGUGGGGCCACGCAACCCUACGCGAGGUCCUGUAUCGAGAUGUUGUCUCGACGGCGAUGAUCUACGAUGACCGCCCAGUCUUUGACUAUUUUCGUUACGUUAAUGAUGAUAUGGUUGCUGGUAUCAUGGAAGGGAAGGAGUUGGGAGAGAGCCUUUUCUAUUUCUACCUGAAGAGAUAG